ACCCAAUAGCUACUAUCUCUCUUUCUCUUCUGUUCCAGCCAGUGCUUCAUAGCCAGUAUAUCUCUGUUUAACAAUUACACAUAACAGAGAAAAAGUCAUCUUCAAGUUGGGAAACGGCCUGUUGAGGGGUCGUUAAUAACAAGAUGGACAUCUGUGCAGCUGUGGAGCGACACACUUAUUGUGGCUUUGACGUCAGGUAGGUGAAACACAUCCCACCUCUCCUGGUCCAGAGGAGAAUUGCGUCUGCUGAGGACUCAGCGCGCUGCUCGGCCCGCCCGGACACUGCAGUGUGGGUUACCUUGCCAUCGCUGCGGCUGCUCGCUCCCGACACCACGUCCCGCCGCAGACUUCCCGGGCCCGGGGAGAUCAGGGGAACAGGGAAGCGCCGAAAGCCAUGGCCGAGUCCAACCCGCUGCGGGGGUUCCCCCGUCUGCGCCGAGCCGCGACCUCAUUUCCAGGAAAUCUGCAUUUGGUGUUGGUGCUCCGCCCCACCGGCUUGUUUAGCUCUACCCCGAGUCCGUCUUCAAGCACUGACCUGGGCUUCCGCUUCAGCCAGGAUGACUUCCUGUUAAAGAUGCCGGUGGUGAUGCUGCGUUCAGUCGGUGACCUGCUGCGGUACAUCGACGAAAACCACCUGACAACAGACUUCACCGCAAAAGUGGAGUACUGCCAAAGUGACUGGAUCGUCCUCCGCACGGCCAUUGAGACCUUUGCGGUGACAGUGAAGGAGAUCGCCCAGCUGCUGCAGGGCUUUGGAUCAGAGCUAUCUGAGACCGAACUUCCGGAUGAAGCCAAUGCCAUCGAGUUCCUGCUGCACUCCCACACACACCGAUACAGACAGAUGAAGGACGAUAUCCGGAGCGUGACGAAAGAAGGUAGGCUGCUGCUGUCGAACCUGGAGACUGUCAAAGCCUCUAAGAGAGAUGUAGAGGAGGAGCGGGACAUAAAAUCAGACAUGGACACAGUCCAAAGGCUCCUGGCUCAGCUCAGAGACAUGGAGGAGGCGUUUGAUGGCUUCUUUGAGAAACACCACCUGAAGAUGCACCAGUACCUCCAGCUGCUGCACUAUGAAAUGAGUUUUCAGCAGAUGGAGGAGGCACUGGAGAGGAUCAGUGACCAGGAGACGGACAUUGCCUCUGUGGGAACCACGGUGGUUCAGACAGAACAGCUACUGAUGGACCUGGAGAUGCUGGACACAUGCGCUCAGGAGGAGAUGGGCCACGCCCAGGUGCUGAUCCUGCACGGCCACCAGUUGGCCGCCAACCACCAUUACGCCCUGGCGCUCAUCGUCCAGCGCUGCAACGAGCUGCGACAUCACUGUGACAUCAUCACCACUGCCGUACGCACCAAGCGGGCCUCGCUUACCCGAGCACGAGACCUGCUGCUCCGCCUUGAAGGGGCCCUUCGGUGGUGUGACGAUGGCGCCUAUGUCCUAGCCAGUCAGAUGGUGGACAAGUUCCAAACCAGAGAGGGAGCUCAGGAGGCACUGCAGUACCUGAGCUCUCACCAAGAGAGGGCGCCAUCUGCACUGAAAAACAGCCAGGACAUUCUGAGCCUGGAGUUUGAAGCCAUACUCACCCCACAGCUGCAGUCCCAAAUUUCCAUGGUAACAGAGAAGCUGAACGCGGUGCAGUCCAUGAUCAGAAACAGAGAGCAGUGUCUGAGGAAGCUGGCGGACGUACAAGUCAGACCGAUUCAGCUGGUGGCCCCCAGGCCUGAACCUGAGCAGCGCUGCAAGUCACCCCUCUUCUCCCCCAAACAUGGUGUAGACUUUAACGUCCUGAACUCCAAGUUCUCUUUUGACUUGCUACCUGGCAAAAGAGCCGCGAGGAGGAACAACAGCCAACGCAAGAUCGAGGUGAUGCAUGACUUCCAAGGCAACCGCAGCUGUGUGUAUGGCUCCGCCCCUGAAACAGAUUCAGAGGCAGAAGACAAUCCAGAGCAGCUCACGCGCCAUAUUAUGAAGGAACUGAUCGCUACAGAGAGGAUCUAUGUGGACGAGCUGCUCUCUGUCCUUCUGGGCUACAGGGCAGAGAUGGAGGACCCAUCCAUGUCUAAUCUUCUUCCUCCAGCUCUACGCAGCCAGAAGGACGUUCUCUUUGGCAACAUGCCAGAGAUUUACCAGUUACACAGCAGGAUCUUCCUCCAAGAUUUGCAGGGUUGCCUGGAGACACCAGAGAGGGUGGGGACUUGCUUCCUGCAACGGAAAGAGAAGUUCCAGGUGUAUGAGCGUUACUGCCAGAACAAGCCUUGCUCUGAACUGCUAUGGAGACAGUGCUCUGAUUCACCAUUCUUCAAGGAGUGCCAGAAGAAGCUGGACCACAAGCUGGGUCUGGACUCUUACCUCCUAAAACCAGUCCAACGCCUCACCAAGUACCAGCUGCUCCUCAAGGAGCUUUUGAAGCACUGUAGGGAGGAGCGACACCGCUGUGAACUCCAGCAGGCUCUGGACUCCAUGCUGGAGCUGCUGAAGUCUGUCAACGACUCCAUGCAUCAGAUAGCCAUCACUGGAUACCAGGGGGACCUCAGCCAGCUGGGCCGAGUGGUGAUGCAGGGAGGCUUCAGUGUGUGGAUCAGCCAUAAGAGGGCAGCGGUGCGAAUGAAGGAGCUGGCCAGGUUCAAACCCAUGCAGAGGCAUCUCUUCCUCUAUGACUUUGCCCUGCUCUUCUGCAAGCGCAGAGACGAGGACACUCACGAGAGGACACCCUUCUACAGCUUCAAAUCCUGCCUCAAAAUGAGUGCAGUGGGAAUCACAGAAAAUGUGAAAGGAGAUGUGAAGAAAUUUGAAAUCUGGUACAGUGGCAGAGAAGUAGUGUACAUAGUUCAGGCUCCCACACUGGAGGUCAAAGUUGCCUGGCUGACAGAGAUCCGAAAAAUUCUCACCAACCAGCGGAAAAUGUGUCAAGAUGAGACUCCUUCUCUUCAACUUUCGGACAACACCCUCUCUGACAGUGCAUCAGAGAUGUGUGUGUCGUGGGGCGGAGCGUCGGUGGGAGGCUGCUCAGCGUGUCUCCCUUUUCCUCACAGCUCCUCCGUGACGAGUUACUCCCACAGGCUACGGGGGGAGGAGUCAAUAUACACAAGCCCCACCCACACGGAGCCCGUAGUUCACUCACCUCGACGCACUUGGCCUGUUCCUGCCCACUCAGUGGCCAUCUGUGAGGGUCUGGAGGACUGGGGUGUAGCUACAGACCUCUCCAACUUAUCGGACUCAGACGAGGAGGAUCAACCGGCCCCCCUGGUGGCGGGCAGGUACAGGGUCAUGGUAGAGAGCAGCAUGGCCAGCACUGAUGACAUCAUCUUUAACUGCGGUGAUGUCAUCCAGCUGCUGCAUGAGGAAAUGUCGGGAAUGUGGAUGGUGAGGAAUGUAAGUCGUGGGGAAGAAGGCCGUGUUCUACCUGAGGACCUGAACAGGAUUCUGGGAGAGACCUGCUAAGAGCCAAUCAGAACAGAGGAUAGAUGACACACACACACAGACUCCAUCAACUACCUGAUCAAAAAGGGACACGUGACACUGCAGAGAUGUUCAUCAGAUUGAAGCACAUCAACUGCACAUUGUACUCUUCCAACUACUGUGACAUCGUCACCCUCAGAAGGCUGUACAAUGCAGGAUGGACCUCAGAAGACCGUAACAAUGCAAAGCACAUAUGUGGAACCUUGUUUCCUUCAUCUCUCUUUUCCAGCAGUAGAUUAUCUGGACUUGGAGUUAUAACAAAAGACGUUGAACUUUUAUUGGACAAGUUUUAUCAUUUCUAUUUUCUUAUGAAGUAUGACCGAAAUCAUGCGUAUGCCUAUUAACAUAUCAUUAAUGUUCAUGUGCCAAACAGCUCAGCUAAUUAGCGUGGCUUCUUUUUGUAUAAAGCGGUCAGUUAUAGAAAAUAGCUUUACUUUGUGGUGUCAUUGUUUUCAAUGAAUUCAAACCUUAUUCUUACAGCAGCCAGCUACGUCACUAUGCAUGUCGCCAUGCUUACCCCAUCUCUUAUAGGCAAAAGCAGACAUUUAGCAUCCUCUUGGUGAAUGUACAUGACAGGAAAAAAACAAGGGAAGAAAAGAAUAUUCAGCAAUAUUCAGUCAAGGUCUCCCCAUUCAUAUCAGCCAUAGUGGGUUUGUUUUGCUACUUAGUGGUGUUGGUGUAUGUGAAAAUGUCAUUGCAUGCCCUCUAAAGAUGAUCUCGCCUUAUGAUAGCAGGAAAAGUACAGGUGUAAUUAAUAACAUUAGCAAAGGCUGCAUUCUAUUCAGCCUUGGUCUGGUGCACGAUGCCUUAGUGGGAUAUAUUUAAAUGGGGCAGAGCCUUCGUUAAUAUUAAUAAUUCGUUAUUAGUUCCACUUGUUCUUCUCCUGCUAUGACAAGAGAACAUGUUCCCCGUGACAAAAGGUCUAUUGAUGGAGCACUCUUUGUCAGUAUUCAGUAUGAACUAUCUGGGUCUGGGGAAAGUACUGCAAUAUUUUUGCAAUUUAUUUUGCUGCUGUUGAUAAUGUUAUUAUUUCUGUCAACAUUUUUCCUUUGGUAUGUGUUGAUUUUAGAUUGGCGAUAAUUCUGCAGCUCUUCCAUCAAAUGAAUCUCGUCCUCUGCUGCAGCUGUUAUUGCCACAGAGAUGAGACGCGCUUUAUGUUUCUGUUUGUUCGCUGCUCUGCAUGGACAAAUCACCGCACAUGCCUGUUGCUUUAUCUGUACUGCUAUUUUACACCAACAUGGGAAUUAUGCUCAGUGUUAGGAAUAAAUAAAUUAGUGUAGAACUAUAAUUGCCAGCUGAACUAUUACAGUUACAUUGUGGAUUACUACAUGUAUAUGGACUUUGAAUUAAUUAGAAAAAAACAUUCACGAGAGACUAUUUUAACUUCUUUAAAACUGCCUGGUUUUAAAACUGCCGAGUCAGUUUUUCUGGACACUGUUAACAGUUGAGCAGCUUUCCCACCAUAUGUGCUGAGGCGUAAUCUCUGAAGGGCAGACAAGUACAGUAUAUAACUUAAGUUACUGAAAGCUAUUCAGUUAACUGUGAAUAUGUAAAUGGUAAAAAAAUUUAAAAAAUGAGAUGUUAAACUUUGGGCAACAGUCGUCUAAAUGGUGAAACUUUUUUGGACAGUCAGAUGUUGGCACUCAUCUGUCAAGUGACCAAAGUUACAUUCCUGCAGUAUUUGCCACAUCUUUAUUAAUCGAAUCCCGCUGGUAACACUAAACUAAACUAAAGAUUGACUUUAACCCUGAAUAAGAUUCAUUUUCACCCACAGUGGGGACAUUACACUCACGUGAUAGUGAGCGCCGGACUGUCAAAAUGAGGUGUGACCAAUAAAACAUUUCAUCAUGUUUCAUUUAUUUGAUGUCCAACCAACACAGGCUAUACUGUAACAUCAGAUGUAUUAAUGGUCAGGCUUCAAUAAGUGUUUUCCACAGUACCUUCAACUGGUGAUUGCUGCUUUUGCUCAUUUUGCACUUUUUUGAUAUUUUGAAUCAUGUGAAAGCUUGUAUCAUAAUGCCUAUUUUCCUAAAUAUAAGCACAGGAUUAUUUGAUUUGA